CGGCACCGAGACAACGGAAAGGGGUUGCGGUCCCACUGCAAAACAACUGUGCGAAGCUUAGCCCUCAGGGCCCGGCCGCCGCAAAGCUGUCUGGGAAAAGUAGUCGGCAAGUCACGUGAGGCGCCGGACGGCUCGUCUAGCCGCCAAGCCUCCUGGGAAAUGCAGUCGGGCGCGGCACGGCCCUGGUGACGUGAGGGAAAGAGGAAUUUGGUGUCAUGAGUGGGGCCUGAGGGGGACCCACAAGAUGUCGGAGCCUGGGAGAUCCACCCGCGCCGGCGCGGGGGACUAAGGGCCCAGGCAGAGGAAGAGAGUGCCUGGAAGCCGGUUGUCACGGCAACACGAGGGCUGAUUUGUACGAGAGAGGCGGGCCUUUAGUCACGUGAUCAGGUCAGGGGUUGAGGCCAGAGGAGAGCUAGGCGGGAGGCUGUUGCCCGGCAACGCCUGGGCGCGGAGUCCCCACAGUAUAAUCCCUCCCCCCGAGGAGGUGGGCUCGGAGUCACGUGACUCAGACCCUACUGGAGGGGGCGCGGUCGGAGCCUGGCGGACGCAGCGGUGAAGUGAGGGCAGAGGGGCGCGCGCGUGGCUCCCAGGCCCGGACCCCAGCCCCGCUGGACAGCGGGAGAAACUGAGGCCUGAGUGGUUCAGGGCACGGAAGAUCCAAAAGGGAGCAAAACAGAAGCAGGUUUCCAUUUCCUCUCUGCCCUCAUGGAGCUGAGUCUAAGGGGAGAGAGGGAUCCUGAACAGGUAACAAAUCAUCAAGAUGAUUUCAGGGGAUGACAAGUGCUGAGAAGGAGAAAAGUUCUGCAGGUAAGGGGGGAAGGGGACCAGGAACAGAGGUGCUUUAGAGAAGGAGGCCAGGGAAGUGCCCUCUGAGGAGGUGAUUUUUGCGGCCGAGACUUGAAAGAAAAGAGCAAGCCAUUGGGUUGUAUUUGGGAAGAGCAUUCCUCGUAGAGGAAACAGCCAAUGCAAAGGCCCUGAGGCAGGAUGGUGACUGGCUGGUUCCAAUGAACAGUGAAGAGGCUGGUGUGGCAAAGCAGAGUGAGCAAGAGGGGCUGGUCCAAGCAGAGCCUUUUUGGUCACCAAGGCUUUUGUUCUAAGUGAAACGGGCAGGGUUUUCAGUAGGGGAAGAAGAUUGCUGCAGUGGUUCAGGUGAGCUAGAUGAUGACCUGGACCAGGUGGUGGCUAUGGAGAUGGAGAAGAGGGGGCAGGGCCAGGGGCGUCACCACUGGUUCUUCGAACAAAGACGCCGUUGGGGAAAUGGGUGUGACUGGGGUGCGACUGUGGGCCAGGCCUGUGCCGGCCACCCUCUCUCCCGCUGCAGGCCCAGGGAGGGCCAUGAAGGUGCUGCUCCUCGCGGGGCUGGGAGCCCUGUUCUUUGCCUAUUAUUGGGAUGACAACUUUGACCCAGCCAGCCUCCAGGGAGCCCGUGUGCUGCUGACUGGAGCCAGUGUGGGCGUCGGGGAGGAGCUGGCAUAUCACUACGCGCGCCUGGGCUCCCAUCUGGUGCUCACUGCCCACACCGAGGCUCUCCUGCAGAAGGUGGUAGGGAACUGCCGGAAGCUGGGCGCUCCCAAGGUCUUCUACAUCGCUGCGGACAUGGCCUCCCCUGAGGUGCCCGAGCGCGUGGUGCAGUUUGCGCUGGACAAGCUGGGGCGCGGGGGGCGGAGCCUCAAGGACAGCUCCGGGCUGAUGGGCCUCUCCGGGCCAGGAGGGCUGGACUACCUGGUGCUGAACCACCUCGGCGCCGCCCCAGCAGGCACGCGGGCCCGCAGCGCCCAGGCAACACGCUGGCUCAUGCAGGUGAACUUCCUGAGUUACGUGCAACUGACUUCGUUGGCGCUGCCGAGUCUAACUGACAGCAAGGGCUCCCUGGUGGUGGUGUCCUCGUUGCUAGGCCGCGUGCCCACGUCCUUCUCCAGCCCCUACUCGGCGGCCAAGUUCGCGCUGAAUAGCUUCUUCGGCUCUCUCCGGCGGGAGCUGGACGUGCAGGACGUGCACGUCGCCAUCACCAUGUGCGUCCUGGGCCUCCGGGAUCGCGCCUCGGCCGCCGAGGGAGUCAGGGGCGUCACGAGGGCCAAGGCGGCCCCAGGGCCCACGGCAGCCCUGGCCGUGAUUCGUGGCAGCGCCACGCGUGCCUCCGGCGUCUUCUACCCGUGGCGCUUCCAUCUGCUCUGCCUGCUUCGCGGCUGGAUGCCACAGCCAAGGGCCUGGUUCAUCCGCCAGGAGCUCAACAUCACGACCCCCGCUGCUGCCUGAGCCCCUGGGCUUAAUGCCCCUUCGUCUUCCCAGAAGAAGAUCCUCCAGCCAAUCGUCCUGGAGCCUGGACACACACCGAGACACCUCUGAGCGGGUGGCCAAGGGCCAAAAGAAAGUCAUCGAGACAGAAAAGUAAACCUG